AUGAUCAAACAUUAUUUAACUCAAUCCUCAUCUACUAAACACAAUUUUUCAUAAAAACUUCAAUUGCAAAAGCUUAAAAGAAAUAAACUUAUGGUUUCAAAAGCUAUAGACAUGCUUUAAAAUCCAUUCGAUCCUAGUUAGGUAUCUUAGUCCUUGAAAUUUCUUGAAAAUUAGACUUAAAGGAAGGCAUUGCUGGAUCAAAUCAUUGGAAUAAGAGAAGAAAGAAAAAGAAAAUAAGAAUUUGAAAAAAUGUCUUCGAUGAGAGGAAUCUUAAUCAAAGUGUAAAAGAGGUUCACAGUGGUUAAAAAUCAAGAUAUAAAAUUUAAUAGAGAUUUUAAUGAUUUUAAAAUUGUACAAGAGGAACGUAAUAAAAUGGAAAAAUUACAGUAUGAAAAUCUCAAUUUACAAAUUAAUGAAAGAAAAACGUAGUUCAAAAGAAUGUCAAGUCUUAAUUUCUUGACGAGAGAGAGUGACAAUCAUAUCUUAAAACAUUAAUUAAGUCUUGAUCCAGGGGCUCCUCAAUCAUCUUUGGUGUUAACAAGGAAAACAUAAAGAAAUACAACGUUGUUGCAAUCAAAAAUAGCAAAUAAAUAAAUACCUACAGAGUGUAAUACUGAGAAGGUUCUUACAUCACCUCAGAAUUGCCUGAUUAUAACAUAAGAAACUGAUUAAGAAUGA